AUGGAGGUUGUGUGGCUACGAGACUGGGGGGUUGGAGACUGGGGGGUUGUGGGACUGAGGGUUGUGGGACUCGCUGUGUGUUUGCGGGAUGGUGCUGUCUGGUUGUGGGAGGGUGUUGUGGGGUGUGUGGUACGUUGUUAUGAAUUGCGGGACCUGAGAAUCGGGAUCUAUACUGUAGGGCCUGAGAACUACCGCGAGUACUGGAUUUAUAAGGCGAAGAUUGCAGUGUUGAGUGAGCGUUAUGAAGAGGCGGUGCAGUACUGUAAGAAGGCUAGUGAGCACACGCGGCAGUCUGAGUCUGAGAACAAGGACUACAAAACGUUUGUGCGGUCGAUUGAUCGUGCGGCGAAGGAGUUACGUUUCCAGCAACACCAGGCGCACGCCUUUAGAACGUCGCGUUCUGUGGAGACGGCGGAAGCAUUCGGUCGUAAAGCGGAGCAGUUGGAGGAGGAAGCUCAGCGGGGACUGCAUAGAGUAUGCCAGUCGGGUUUGGAGAUCAUCAAUAACUUAUUAAGCGGCGAUUACAGCGAGAAAUCUGAGGCGCGUCGAGCGCUCAAAAGUCUUCAAGGAGACAUGCACCGCUAUCUUGGCGACGAGGCAGCCGCCCAACGCUGCUAUGACGAUGCUCUAGCCGGCGACAAGGUUAACACUCACGCCUUCAAUGCCGCACAUCUUGGCAACACGCUUAUUACGCCCAAAGAAAAGCGACCUGGACUCAAAAUACCCCAAGUCAGUAGACCUAUUAAACAUUGCGAACUACCCCUUCUACCUAUCAAACUCAACAUCGGUGAGGACAACGAACGCGAAGCCAGACUCCGCCUACCGUUCUCUGAAGCCGAGUGGGAACCCAUCCGACCCGCACAGAUUGUCUAA